UGUGUGUAGAGUUAUAAUACCAUACGUAACAAAUGUUAGGCGGUAACAAAGGUGUGACUUUCACUGUGAGACUUGAAGUUAUUAGCUGCUUUGUCUGCAAAGGGAAAAUGUAGAUACGGCAUUUCUUUCACAAUAUUUAACAUGGAUAUUUCUGAAGAUUCCGAAAACUCAUCUUUGCUUCUCUUUAACUCGUCGAGACAUAUACCAGUGACCAUGGGGGAUCAGAAUGGAAAUGCCAUCUUGCCCAGUAUUUUUGGGACCAUAUGUUUUUUGGGCAUCAUUGGAAAUUCUAUUGUCAUCUACACCAUCAUUAAAAAGACCAAAUGCCAGGCUAAACAAACAGUACCAGACAUUUUCAUAUUCAGUCUCUCUAUUGUGGAUUUGCUUUUCCUCCUCGGCAUGCCUUUUCUUAUUCACCAGCUCUUGGGCAACGGAUCUUGGUGUUUCGGAGCUACUAUGUGCAAAGUCAUCUCUGCCCUAGAUUCGAACAGCCAGACAGUGAGCACCUACAUUCUCACAGUAAUGACCUUGGACCGGUACGUGGCUACUGUCCACCCGUUCCGCUUUAACCACAUCCGGACAACCUGUGUCGCCGGUGGUGUGGUGGGGAUGGUGUGGGUGCUUUCUCUCAUCUCCAUUACUCCUGUCUUAAUGUACACUGGCUUGAUGCCUCUCCACAAUGGCCAGGUGGGAUGUGCUCUCCUGCUUCCAAAUCCAUCCAUCAACAUCUGCUGGUUCACUAUCUACCAGUUUGUGCUGGCGUUCGCCCUUCCGCUCAUGAUUAUCUGUGUGGUGUUCUUUAAAAUCUUGAAGCACAUGUCUACCUCAGUGGCACCUCUUCCACCAAGGACCCAACAGGUGCGCACUAAAAGUGUGACUCGGAUGGCUGUGGCCAUCUGUUUGGUUUUUUUCAUCUGUUGGGCUCCAUACUACAUCCUUCAGCUUGUCCAUCUGGGAAUACAGAAACCCAGUGCCUCUUUUUAUUAUAUCUAUCAAGUUGCUAUUAGCAUGGGUUACGCUAACAGCUGCAUCAACCCUUUUCUUUAUAUAAUUCUGAGUAAGACCUUUAAACGUCAGUUUAUAGUGGCUAUCCAGCCUGCACACAACCACUUCCGGGUCAACCCGAGCAGCACAGAGGCCACUGUGUCCCUCCAUCUGACUGCAGACUGCCAAAGACAUAUUCGUGCUAACACCUCAGAGUAA